GUCUCUGCCAGGACUCCAGCUUGCCAGUGGGAGUGUUCAUCUGGGAGGUGGAGAACAGGAGGGAUGAGGACGUGCAGGUGUCCAUCAUGUUCAGCCUGCAGAACGGCACGGGAGCGAAGGAGGACGGGAGCGGUGGGCACUGGAACGAGCCCUUCACCUUCCAGAAGGAUGGCGAGCGGGUUGCUGGAGUCCUGCUGCACCACUGCCCGGCCGUGAACCCCUUCACCCUGGCCAUCUCUGCCCGGGAGAAGGCUGGCACAGGAGUCACUCAUGUCACGGCAUUCAACCCCACGGGAUUGGGUAGAGAGGUGUGGCAGGACCUCCUGCGGGAUGGCAGGCUGGAUUCACCCACCGGUAAAAGCAGGCCAACAGAGAAGGGGGAGGUGACAGCAGCAGCAGUGUGUGCCAGCUGCAGGGUGCCUGCCCAUGGGCACAAGACAUUGGAGCUGGCGCUGGCUUGGGACAUGCCCUGUGUUCACUUUGGCUCCAAGGAGAAGCUGCACCUCAGGCGGUACACCCGGUUUUUUGGCAGCGAAGGCAAUGCCGGUCCUUCCCUGUCCCAUUAUGCCCUGACACACUACAAGGAGUGGGAGAGGAAGAUCGAAGCAUGGCAGAAUCCCAUCCUGGAGAACAGCCAGCUGCCUUCCUGGUACAAGUCGGCCCUCUUCAAUGAGCUCUACUUCAUGACGGAUGGGGGGACCAUCUGGAUGGAGGUGCCCCCUGAUUGCUGUGCCGAGGACCUGCAGGGGCCGGCGGGGGCAGGAUUCUCCCACCUCCUCCCUGUCCUGCGGGAGUACGGAAGGUUUGCUUAUUUGGAAGGCCAGGAGUACCGGAUGUACAACACGUACGAUGUCCAUUUCUACGCCUCCUUUGCUCUCAUCAUGCUGUGGCCCAAGCUGCAGAUCAGCCUGCAGUAUGACAUUGCCGUCACUGUGGUGAACGAGGAUGUCCAGCCCCGGCAGUACCUGAUGUGUGGUCAGACAGCCCAGGUGAAGAUGAAGAAUGUGGUGCCACAUGAUAUCGGGGACCCAGGUGAUGAGCCAUGGCAGCGUGUCAAUGCCUACCUGAUGCACGACACUGCUGACUGGAAGGACCUCAACCUGAAGUUUGUGCUGCAGGUGUACCGUGACUACUACCUGACACGUGACUCCCUGUACCUGCAGGACAUGUGGCCAGUGUGCCAGGCUGUGAUGGAGUCGGAGCUGAAGUUUGACACAGAUAAUGAUGGGCUCAUUGAAAACGGUGGCUUUGCUGACCAGACGUAUGACGCAUGGGUGGUGCAUGGAGCCAGUGCCUACUGCGGUGGACUGUGGCUGGCUGCCGUCUGCAUGAUGUGCAAGAUGGCAGAAGUGCUAGGGGAUACUGAGAUCCGGCAGAAAUACCUGGACAUCCUGAGCAAGGGCAAGGAGGCGUUUGAGAGGAUGCUCUGGAAUGGAAAAUACUACAACUAUGAUAGCAGUGGAAGUGGCACAUCCAGCAGCAUCAUGUCAGACCAGUGUGCUGGGCAGUGGUUUCUCGGAGCUUGUGGUCUGGACCAAGGGGAGUUUGAGGUUUUCCCCAAGAGUCACAUUCUGAGCGCGCUCAAGACCAUCUUUGAGAACAACGUGCUGGGCUUUGCGGGCGGCACCAUGGGGGCAGUGAACGGCAUGAGACCUGACGGCGUGCCCGACACCUCCAGCGUCCAGUCCAACGAGGUGUGGAUUGGUGUGGUCUACUCCCUGGCUGCCACCAUGAUCCAGGAGGGCAUGGUGGAGGAAGGCUUCCGUACUGCGGAGGGCUGCUACCGGACAGUUUGGGAACGGCUGGGCAUGGCUUUCCAGACACCAGAAGCCUAUCGCGAGAAGAAGGUGUACCGCUCACUGGCCUACAUGCGGCCCCUCAGCAUCUGGAGCAUGCAGCUGGCCCUGGAGCGCCGGGCUGGCCAGGCGCCAGCGCUCGCACAGCUCCCCCCGCGCCACACCCACCCUUGAGCCUCAUGGCACUGGGCAGGGCGCUGGGUGCACCGCGGGCUGGUGGGGCUGCAGAUGGCAGGCAGAGACCCUCCCCUCCCACACUGUGCUAGUACUCACAUUGCUGUUUCCCUUCCCUACCUCCACUACAUGCCCUUGACCUCAGGGGC